AUGGGCCGGUCGCUCGUUGCCCGCCUCUCAUGGUUGCUGCUUUGCAUUUGGUUACCUGCUUUGUUCCUCUCGGUGACUUACUGUGCCUCCGGAAUUGAUGACUCUGUACGGACCGACACGUGUACAUUGUGUCAUUUGAAAUCAUCAUGUAAGCAUAAUAUGGUUUUUGCUGACGAAUCUGUUGUGGAUGCGGGGAUGAAUUGUUCGGAGAGAGUUGCACCGAUGGAACCCCACAGCGCAGGAACCGCGGGGUGUGUGGAUUGCACCCGAACAGAGAAAGUUGUUGGCAUGGCCCUGUAUGCGAAUCCCUUGCAGUGCUGUGUGCAUUGUGGAGAUACGAGGAUGCCACCCGGUGCUGUGAACCCUGUAUACUAUGAAACGACAGGGGAGCGCAUUCGCCGGGCAGAUUAUGAACCGGUCGACCAAGAGUCCACACAAGGGUUGGCGUCUCCAACGUGUGUGCAACAUGGAUCCAACGGCUGCGCCAGGUGUGAAUUGCCGCACGCGUUGGCGGAGAGUGAAAAAUGUGUCUGCGCAAGCGGAUACACGAUAUUGCAUGAUGGAUCCUGUGUUCCUGCAGAGACGUAUGCAAAUGUGGUGGCUGCAGCCGCGGGUGCCACAACAAUGUUUCAACCGGUGAAUAUUAAUAAUGACGGGAUUUUGGGCCCAACAUUUAAGGCGGUGGCGGUGGGAGAGUAUGCCACGGAGGGUGCUGUGCAGUGUGCGUGUGGAAGGGCGGUGGGCUGCAAUCUCUUGGCAAAUAUGUGUGUGUUGAUGAUGUAUGACAUGAAUUCAUUGCCUUGUAAGUUGUAUCUUUCGCUGGUCGCCGACCGCAACUUGCGGCGCCAGCUACCGAAACUGGUUUACGAUAACAAUACCGGCAACCACACCAAUUACGAUGGUGGCGAUGGUGGCUUCCCAGCGGCAACGCUGAAGGCCACUAGAGUCGGUGAGGUAAUAACUCUACUCGUGGCGGUGUACGACUGGCGUGGAAAUAAAAAGGGAAUUUUCAGAUUCUCCAAGGUGUUCAAUCCAUGCCAUAUUUCGGACACAGCUAUGUCAGACAUGUUUAAGUUCGUUUCCAACCGCGGGCAUCAGUGUGUUCUUGAUUGGGAUGUGCUUUUAAGGAAUGCCGGUCCUACAGAUUUUUUCGAGCUCUUUAUGGUUGAUCCCACCAAUAUGUCACACCUUGUACCACUUUCUGUGGUGAUGGAUUACACCAAUAACGACAUUCACCCCUGGAGCUUUCACGAGGAACUGCCACAACAGGCUAUGACAGGUGGUUACCGACGACGAUUUUACGUCCAUGAUACGUUUACCGAUUGCAAGGUCGGUCUCCAGCAAGCACCUGUUAAAGUGUCUUGUUACGUCACAGCACUGCGGUAUGUGGUGUUUGUUUUUAACAUGACUGAUUUUUUGAUGCAUCAUCGGCCUUUGAAACCAAUCAUCAUUUUUCACUAUGCAUCUGGUCUGAGACAUAAUGAUACGCUCUUGGUGGGGACCGCCACAAAGGUUUUGGUAAAGGGAGGUGUAUCUGUGCUCUUCUUUACAGAGAAAAGCACUGUGGAUAUGGGGAUGAUGAUUACGAUGAUUGUACUGUCUGUGUUGUGUUUUUUAUCGGCCUGGAUACGCACGUAUGGGUGGAUGCGGCGUCGACAGAACAUGAUGCUUAGCAUCGGUGCUUGCAUUCGGUUUUUGGCGUAUUUUUGUGAUCAUAUUGGGAACAUGUUUGCCCUCGCUGUGGCGCUGGCAUCGUGGUACAUACUUGUUAUGUAUAGAGCUCAGGAGAACAAGCUGGGCGUUGUUGUAAAUGAGCGGCACGUGUACCUAGAGGCCAUGUUGUUCACAGCCACUGUGACGAAAGGUAUUGCUGUCGUCUAUCGUAUUGUGGAGCAAUGUAAUGCGGACUACUUUGUCAUUGACUGGGAGCGAAGUAAAGGGCAACUAUUACGCGAAAAUCGCAUUUUGCCUGUCAGCAUGUGGCGUUCGACGUUUGUUUCGAAUGAAUUGAAUGAACUUCAGGGCCUUCGCCAGUGGCGUCCUCUGCUCAGUAUGUCGAUUGUCUUGUUUUUCCUUGAGGAACUGGACUUCUUGCGGUACACUGAGAGUCUUCCCGCGGUGUCAGAGGCAGAGGAGGUGGGGCUCCACUCCCUCACCUCACUGCGAAUAGCGGUGGGCAUGUUCUUUUGGGUUUUUGUGUGUCUCGCGCUUAACAUUCUUGAGUUUCAGAUUUACUACCGCUUUUUCCGCGUACAUCCACUGCGGGCGUUUGUGGACCUGUGCUCUGUGUCUAACAUCUCCAUUUUGAUUCUGCCCGAGACCCAGUGGGGGUAUUACAUCCACGGCGAGUCCAUUCAUGCUCACUCCGAUGUAAGUAUGGAGGAGUUUCAGCGGAAUUUGUAUCUUGAGUCGCAAGGCAACCUGCCAGUGCGUGGUCUUGGCGGACAGAAUAAAUGCCAAACAUUUGAGGUUUUUAUGGGUAUAUACAUGCGGCAGUACCUCUACAUGUGUUACGCGGAAAUUGAGGCAGAACACCAGCGAUCACUAGGGAAAGGAUUCACCCCGGUCCGACCAGGGCGUAGGUGGCACUUCUUGGAAUGCGUCCUUGGGUUUUCCCGUAAGUCACGUGUGUAUGACAGCGAGACAUUGGCGGUAAAAAAACGCAUCAACACCGUACUGCAGCAGAGUGUUCAAAGUGCUGAGGGGACAUUGCUCAUGAAGUUUAUUCUUCAUCGCUUGUUUGGCGUCACACCCAAUAUAUUAUACAUGAAUGGCCCGCAGUCUGGAGACAGAUCGGGUAAGGACCUUUUCUUUGUGGAUGAUGCACUUGCUUACGGUAAUGCAUUUUUGUACGGUCUCGAUAUAGACUUGUUUGUCUGGUACACGCUUAUGUACGCCUCCUUUGAUGCCUUUAUGCAUAAUGUAUGGAUGGCGCUUGUCAUCACGUUUGCGGUGGAGGUUGUCGUACGUUGGUACCGCAUGAACGAAGGCGUGGCGAACAUUAGUUCAAAGACUCUCAUAGAUGAUCGUUUCUUCCUGUAG